AUGUUCCACUCUUCGAAACCCUACUCGGCUGUGACCGUUCAAAUUGAAGUGCUCACUGGCGAGCAAUACGAGACUGAAGACUCCAGCGGGAUUGUCGAUCUCAUCGAAGCGGUGCGGAUUCAAGGUAGUGGGCCGACAGAAGCCAGUCGUGCACUGCGUAAGAAGCUAAAAUAUGGCAACCUCCAUCGCCAACUCAGAGCUCUCACCAUUCUUGAUUUCUUGAUCCAAAAUGCCGGAGAUCGAUUUCUUAGAGAGUUCGCAGAUGAGCCAUUAUUGGAGCGUCUGCGCAUCGCCGCCACUGACCCAGUAUCGGACCCCUUGGUGAAGCAAAAAUGCAAGCAGCUGUUUGGCCAAUGGGCAGUGUCCUACAAGAACACUCCUGGUAUGGAAAGAGUGGCAGCUCUAUAUCGACAGCUGCCAAAACGCAAGCAGCCCGCUACCCAAGCCAAGGCAAAAGUUCUUCGAGAGGCUAGCAACACCAACAAUGAGCCACAACUGGGUCAUACUGUUUCCAUUUCGGUUGGGAAUGGUCCAAGCACUGUUCUUAGCAGCAGUAAGCACAAACACUCCUCUAGUAGAUCCUCUUUCAGGAAGGAAAAGAAAGACAAGGAGAAAGAGAGGAAGGUGCGAGAUAAGUCGUUCAGUCUGGAUCGAGAGAAGCCAGAGAUGCUACAAACCCUCGCUUCAUCUUCCGUUGCCAGCACCAAUCUGUUGAACGCGCUUAAACGGGUCAACCGCGAAACGCAGCGGGUGAGCGAGGAUGCAGAAUGUCUCAACCGGUUUGAGACCUGUAAACUGCUCAGACGGCAGAUUCUUCGGUACAUUCAGCACGUUGAGAGCGAGGAAUAUCUGGGAAGUCUCAUUCAUGCGAAUGAGGAGCUUGUUACCGCUCUUAUGGCAUUUGAGGUCCUAGAUAAGAGCAUAGAUUAUGACAGCGAUAGUGAUCAGGAUGUGCUCGAGAGUGGUUGGAGCCCUGAUCGGGAUGAUUUGAACGACUCAUUUGCGGGAUUAGUUGUGAACCCUCCUAAACCCCCACGACCAGCCCGACCCCUGAGCAUAUCUGUACCAUCGUCGUCCAAGCAGAAAUAUGUCAGCGCCAGUGAUUCGGAAACAGAUCAGGACGAAGAUGACGACGACGAGAACAAUCCCUUUGGUGAUCGAAACGCUAUCCGCACGCCUGGUUUUGAAAGAACCGAGCCUACGUGGAAAGAAGUCUGA